AUGCCGGACUCUCCGGAGAAAAUCUCCAUCACGAUCUGUGGAGAUGGUGGAUGCGGCAAGUCUUCAAUCACUCUCAGACUAGUGCGCGGCCAGUGGACUCAUGAGUACGAUCCUACAAUCGAGGAUUCCUAUUCCGUCACGCGCGUCGUGGAUGGAGUGCCUUACUUCUUGUCUAUCACCGAUACGGCGGGCCAGGAGGAAUACCGCGGACUAUGGACGGCAUCCAACCUGAAAUCAGAUGCUUUCUUGCUGGUCUAUGAUAUUACCAAUAAACACAGCUUGCACGCCCUCGAUUACUUCAUGGCUAUGAUUGAGAUCGAGACUGAACAGCGAGCCGAACAGAAUCACCGCCUGCGACAAGAACUGGGAGACAGUGCGGCGGGUCUUCGGGCGGGCAUGCCGCCGCCCGUCAAGAUCGUAGCUGGUAAUAAGUGCGAUUUGAAAGAGAAUCGAGUGAUCGGGGCUCCUCAGGGCUUGGAGUAUGCCCGCAGGCAUGGGUGCGGCUUUAUGGAAACCAGCGCUCGUGAGAUGGUCAAUAUAGAGGAGACAUUUUCCUUGUUAAUCCGCCGAGUGGUCGAGGCGCGCCAGGCCUUUUACCAACCGGCGGCCUUGAUCCCAGAGCCGGCUCAUGGCAGCGGCUGGGUUCCAGAAUUGAACUCCACGGCUAGCACGAUCGUCCAUUCGCCCUCCGUGGAACUGCCCUCUAAGCACGUAGCACCCCGGCAGCGAGGCUUUAGUUGGCUCCGGGAAAGGAAACGAGUCCGUCAACAACAGGCUGACAGGUAUCGUUAUGGCAAGUCCGAUCCUCCCACGCCAUCACAUCGAGAGAAGCAGCAAAAUUGUCCGGCAGCCAGAACCUGGCGACGAGUGUGGUGCUUUUGAUUCUGGUCUGGCCGGGCUGUGCGGGUCCCGGGGUCUGCAUUCCCGGUUUGCGUUCCAAUGCGUGUCUUAUGUUUACAUACCCUCCUGUCUCACACGUUGAUACCACAAAAGCUGUUGAUUGAAGAAUACAAAUUGUUC